AGAGUGCGUAAGCAAGGGAAGACUAAACUGGGAAGCGAUUGCAGCACGUGGGUGCGUUUGUCAUAAGCAGCGAUGGGCAAAAAAGAGAAGAAAGUUGCUGUGGCUUCCGCUGCUCCACGAAAGGGGCUUCUCCCUCGUGGUAGUUUUAGCCAUGUGAAGAAAAAGGCAAAUUCAAAACCAGAUUGCCUGGAUCAGCAAGAAAUUCCAUAUCGGUUGCGAGAAAUCAUGAGGAGCCGAAAUGAAUUAAAAAAACCCACCCGCAAGAAGAAGAAACCUGCAAAUAAGCAGAAGCCUCAGUCAGAGGGUGACAUACCAGUACCAAAGUUCAAGAGGCGGCGAGGGGAGACAGAUAACUCAUACAAUAGACGUAUGGACCGGGAAAUUGAGCAUGUGCGCUUUCUCACUGAAAACCAGACACAGCGUGAGCCUGAAAAAGAGAUACAAGUCCAAGAAAAGUCACAGAGGAAAAAAGAAUUUCAGAAGAAGAGGCUGGAAAAAAUCCGUAAGCAAAAAACAGAGAAAAAAAUAACAAUGCUGGAGAAAGAUCUUCUCAAAGACUCAGUAAAUUUUGGAGAAGUUGCUCUACAGCCUCCCACACUUACAGCGAAACCCAGGAAGAGUGUUAUCAAAGACAAGGGUGAUCAGAGGCAGCAACUUCUGCUAACGUCUCUUCUGGGCUCUGGCAGAAAAGCCAGUGUUAACAAAUCAUUCCCUGCCUCUCUCGCUCGCCAAAGGAUUGUUCAAGAGGAGAGAGAACGGGUCGUCCAAGCCUAUCGGGAUAUAAAGAAAAGGAAACAGCAGCAGCAGCAGCAGUUGAAGGAAAGCUUUCUUGCCAUUGACAAACUAAAGAAACCAGCCUGAGUUCGCACAACUGGUUCUAUCAU